AUGGUAAAGAAUAGACAGCUAACUGCAAUGUUCAUAGCUAAUGAGUUCCUGCAAGUGUUUAAAUCCAAGCCCAACUGGUCGGCUAAGGAAAUCAUAUUGGCUGUGAAACAUAAGUAUAAAGUAAUAAUCACCAAGUGGCUGGCCUACAAGGCUAAAGCAUGUGCCCAUAAGAAACUUCAUGGAUCAAUGAGGGAUCAUUAUAGAAAAAUUGGUGCAUACAUGGAGAUUUUGAAAAAAGUAAACCCAACUUCAACAUUUGUGCUUGUUACUGCACCACCAGGUUUCAUUAACUUAGAUCCCACAGCCACAUGUGAAACUUUUUUCAGACUCUUUGUGUGUUUUGAUGGUGUGAAAAGAGGAUUUCUAGCUGGAUGUAGGAAGGUCUUGUGUCUAGAUGGUUGUUUUCUAAAGACCUUCCUAGGAGGGAUGUUGUUAACUGCAGUUGGCAGAGAUGCUAAUGAUCAGAUGUAUCCAUUGGCAUGGGCAGUUGUAGAUGGUGAAAAUAACGAUAGCUGGGAAUGGUUUAUGGAAGAGCUUAGGAAGUGUUUGGGUGUAAGUGAUGGUGGUGAGGCAUGGACAUUCAUCUCAGAUCAACAAAAGGGUCUUUUAAAUGCUGUGGCACUUAUUUGGCCAAGAGCAGAGCAUAGAAACUGUGCAAGGCACAUCUAUGCAAAUUGGCACAAGAAUUUUAAGGAUGAGGAGCUCAAGGAAUUGUAUUGGAAAGCUGCAAGAGCAUACUGUGAACCUGAUUACCUCCAAGCCAUUGAUGAAAUGAGGGCCAUAAACCAGGAUGCAGUAGAGGCAAUCUUAAAGCAGGAUCCCAAAGCAUUUAACAUGUGCUACUUGAAAACUCACACUAAAUGUGAUGUCAUAGUAAACAACAUGGCAGAAACAUUUAAUGGUUAUAUCAUAACUGCAAGGUCAAAGCAUAUUAUAUACAUGCUAGAGGACAUUAGGGUUCAAAUCAUGAGUAGGUUAGUCAUCAAAAGAACUAAAAUGGAAGCCAAAUAUGUGCUCAUUUGCCCCAAUAUCCAGGAGAAACUUGAUUUCUCAAAAGAUGCAGCCUUUAGGUGUGAGGUAUACCCCUCAUCUUAUCAGGUUUUUCAAGUUAAAGAUGUUGAUGAUGUUACAGUUGACUUGGAAAAUAAGACCUGCACAUGUAGAAAGUGGCAAUUAAGGGGGUAUCCUUGUAAGCAUGUGUGUGCUGUGGCUGGAUUUUUGCAUAAGAAUGCUGAGGAUUAUGUUGACCCAUGUUACCACAAAGAAACAUACAUGAGAACUUAUGAGUACUCAAUCCCACCAUUGCCUAGUGAAAAGUUUUGGCCGAAGGUUGAUUAUCCAAUGGAUCCACCUCCAAUCAAAAAGGCACCUGGUAGGCCUAAGAAAAACAGAAAGAGGGACCCUCAUGAGGAUCCCAAGAAACCAGGAAAACUGAUUAAGCAUGGGGUCAUAAUGACAUGUGGGAUUUGUGGAGAAAGAGGUCACAACAAGAGAAAAUGCACAGUUAAAGAUUCUCAAAAUGCGGCAGAAAUUGGAAGGAAAAAAGCAAGUAAAAGGGGAAGGCCAACUAAAAGAGGAAGGCCAAGUAAAAGGGGAAGACCAACAGAGAAGGCUACAGUUAGUUAA